CGAUGUCAAAAUUACAUUUUUUUCCACCUCUAGCGAAAAGCGAGCGAAUCGACAAUUUGAAUAGGACCCAACUAAGGGCAUUGCCAUCCACUCAAAGCAUCCGUGCAACGUAGUUCAGCACUGGAACUUAACAAGACAGCUGUUAUCCAUAUGUUAAAUAAUAAUAUUCUACAUUAACAAUGUCCAAGCAGCCCCCAUCGUUUUUCUCCCGUAACUUGGUGGCCAUUGUGAUGGUGCCGUCCUUGAUUGGGAUCCACCUCGGCUGGAGCUACAUGCAGAAUAACCGGAAGCUGGUUUCAGAAGCGGAGCAGAUGGAGUUGCCGCCGGUUAAGUUGGCAAAAUUCGUGUGGAAUAAGGUGACUAGUAUAGGAGGUCCCGAAAACCCACCCAGCAAUUGACAGCCUCGUUUCCCUCUGAUCUUAAGACAUACAAUCUAUUUAUUGUAUAGAUUAAUUAAAACUACAUACAAACGGUAUGAUACAUUACAAAUCAA